GCGCAACAUCAAAUGUUCGCCGAAGUGCAGACUUAUUGGACUUGGAGUUCAUGUUGUAUAUUGAAUCCGCUUGGGCAAGGCCAACGACAUACCUUUUCGAGGCUGUAGAGUCUACACGUCUGGCAUGAUGUUGUCGGCAACCAAACACUCUGCUCUACGAGCGCUGCGAGCUCAGUCUCGCCCAAAGGCCCUCUUCGCACAGUCUCAAUCCUCGUCACUCGCGCGACUUCUAUCCACCCUCGCUCUCAUCGAACAGAAAGAUGGAAAACUCAACACGGGCUCACUAGCUGCUGUGACCGCCGGCUUGAAAUUAGGAGGCUCUGUGCAUGGUUUCGUGGCGGGAAAGUCUGCAAACUCUGUCGCGCAAGAGGUGGCCAAGGUCAAGGGAUUGGAAAAGGUCAUUGCCGUUGAAAACGAAGCCUACGAACGAGGACUACCCGAGAACUGGGCGCCGCUGCUGGUGGAAAACAUCAAGAAGGGAGGCUACACACAUGUCAUUUCAUCACACUCUGCUUUCGGAAAGAGCUUGCUGCCCAGAGUGGCUGCACUGCUGGAUGUGCAGCAACUCUCGGAUGUCAUGGCAAUUGAAAGCGAGGACACAUUUGUCCGACCUAUAUACGCCGGCAAUGCCAUUCUGACAGUGCAAAGCAUGGAUCCUACGAAAUUAUUGACGGUACGGCAGACUUCAUUCGCCCCAGCCGAAACAGAAGGCGGCUCAGCGUCUGUCGAGGAUGGUACCGACCCCAAAGUCGAGUCUCCCACGGAAUGGAUAUCAGAGGAAUUGGCCAAGUCCGACCGACCAGAACUUGCAUCUGCAUCGAAGGUGGUCUCGGGUGGACGAGGCUUGAAGUCUAAAGAGGAGUUUGAUCGUCUGAUCCCACCUUUGGCCGACGCUCUCGGCGCAGCUAUCGGUGCCUCGAGAGCGGCGGUCGACAGUGGCUUUGCCGACAACAGCUUGCAAGUUGGGCAGACGGGAAAGAACGUCGCUCCGCAACUCUACCUGUGUGCUGGCAUCUCAGGAGCGAUCCAGCAUCUGGCGGGUAUGAAGGAUAGCAAGGUCAUUGCAUGCAUCAACAAGGAUGCUGAUGCGCCCAUCUUCCAAGUGGCUGAUGUUGGUCUGGUUGGAGACUUGUUUGAGAAGGUGCCGGAAUUGACCGAGAAGCUCAAGGCGCAGUGAUGAUAAUCCACCUUGUUAUAUAUACAUACUACGGCAUGUGAGAGUGCUAUAUGAGUGCGAUCAUUAGAUUUACGCCCAGUUGCAUUGGAG